AACACACCCAAUAGCUUGGAGAAAAAGGCAGAGUAGAAUAGAAAAGGAAGAGAAAUAACGGAGGGGGAAGUUAGGCGGCUGAGAGUGGGCAUUAAAGCGUAAUUAGGACAAAAAGUAGCGGGGGCUGAUGAAUGAUAGUAGUAAGAGGAGACGGUACCAGCAUUUACUACUAGCAUAUUGUUCUGCUUACAUUUUUCGGGGAAAUCCUGAAAGAGGGCCCGGAAAAUAAAAAUGGCUGGCAGGUUUCUGCGGCGCGCCACAAUGAAGCUGUUAGUGGCGAGCACCGCCCUUGGUGGCGGAGCCGCGGCGGCCACAAUUGCUAGCUCGGAUGACCCAGCCAUGGCCCUCAAGCUCUGCACAAUUGUCCCGACCCGCCUCUUUCGCGAUUCCGUCACCGCUGCCUCCAUUGCCUUCGAUUAUGAAUAUUCACUCUGGGGACUGCCAGAAGGUAGCGCAGAGAGAGCAAAAGUCAAACAUGAAGUUCACAUGAGGGGUGCACGCAAGCUCGAAGAACUUUGUUUCAGAAAUGGUGGAAUUUACAUUAAGCUUGGUCAACAUUUAGGACAGCUGGAGUACUUAGUACCUGAAGAGUAUGUUCGUAUUAUGAGGGAAUCCAUGUUAAAUAGAUGUCCUCAUUCAUCUUAUGAUCAAGUGCAUGAAGUUGUCAAAAAAGAGCUUGGAGGUGCACCUGAUGAAAUCUUUGAUGAGUUUGAUCCCGUACCAAUAGCAAGUGCUUCUCUUGCUCAAGUCCAUGUUGCCCGAACGCAUGAUGGGCAAAAAGUUGCUGUCAAGGUUCAGCACACACACAUGACAGAUACUGCUGCAGCAGAUUAUGCGACAGUGGAGUUGAUAGUAAACACAUUGCAUGGAUUUUUUCCUUCCUUUGAUUACAGGUUAGAAAUAUUCUCCCUUCUGCUAAGUUUCAUGAACUUCUAAUACAAUUUUUUCCAGGGAGAGUAUUUUUCUUAUAGCCGGAAAAUCCUUGCGAGCCAGUGAGGCAUGGUUCAAAACUUCUGUAUAAUGGCCCACCCUGCUACUUGUCCCAGGGAGAGUAUUAAGAACUUAGAAUCAUGUAUAGCAAUCAAUCAAUAGCAAUCAACUACUACUCAAUCCCAAAUUAGUUGUGGUCGGGUAUCUAAAUCCUCCCAUAUACAUUCUACUCUAUUUAGGUCAAUCUCACCAAUAUUUAUUAAAAAAGGUCCAUCUCACUCCAUACCAAAUAAAAUGUCUUUUAAGGCAACUUAAAGUUUCUCUAAAACUAGAAUCUUUCUACAUCUCAGACUUUUCCCUAAAGGGCCACAAAAGUCUCUAUCUAGAAUAAAAAGACUCUUGACAAAUACUCGAUAUAAUGUAACAACACCACCACCUAGACCUUAGUCCCAACUAGUCUAUAUGGAUCCUUUGUGCCCGUUAUGUUCUAUGGUUUGCUAAGUCCACAUCAUUUUGAGAGUUAGUAGGUCUUUUAGGAUAACUUUUCUUUAUGUGCUUUUAGAUCUACCAUAUGCCAUUUGUCACCUUCAAUUAUCAUAUUGUUGCACAUACUUAUUGAUGGAUAUGAAGAUUGACGUAGUAUACGUCG